AUGGCAUUAUCAUCUUGCCGAGCUAGUAAUUCUUUGAGAUCGAACUUUGCUUUGAAGUGUCUGGUCAGUGGUACACAUUUGGUUCCUUGGGGAUCUUCUGUGCGUGGUUUAAGCACUUUGUUUACUCAAGGAAAAAAAGCAAACCAAGUAUGGGAUGGCGCAUCAUGUUUUUUCUUCACAAAUGAUCGUUACUUUUCAAGCCCUAUGACAAGGGAACGAACUGUUCAAAGGUUCAAUAUCAAAAGAUAUUUGCACAAUGAAGCAGAUAAGGGGAAUGACGAUCAUAAAAGUGAUCCUUCGAAAUUUAAUUCAGAGGGUCGAAGAGUAUUCAGUGAUGAAGAAGCAAAGCAAUUGUAUCAGAAAUUGAAGGUCAUCUGGUACGAUAAUUCACUUAAUGAAUAUCACAAGAAUCUAAAGAUUACGGAGUUAUUUAUUAACUAUGGUAUCGAAGGUGUAGCUUCGCCUUCUGCUUCUAAGGUCGUUAGUGUGAUACUGUCAGAUCCUGAUAGCAAAAACCCCGGACAAAAAUUUGAAAAUGUUCAGAAGUUCCACCAAAAUUUGGUGGAUUUCUUUUUGAUGCAACAUCAGAAUAUCAAGCCUGCUAGAGAUGAGAAAUUCAACUCUUCUCAAAAGACAUCUGGUGGAGAUAAGAACAAUGGUGGAUUCAAUAACAACAUGAAGAUGUUUAAUGGACAGGUUAACUUUCAAUGGUUUUUGAUCUGGCUUUCUACGGGUAUCAUUCUGUUGUAUAUGCUUGGUUCAGAUUCGUUUGAAAAAGAGAUUACUUGGCAAGAUUUUCGAACCUCUCUUCUUGACAAAGGUUACGUUGAAAAGUUGAUUGUGAUCAAUAGCAACAGGGUCCGUGUUGUUCUCAAUGAUAAGGGCAGGAGCCAACCAAUGGGAGCAAAUGCGGAAUAUUAUUUCACGAUAAGUUCUGUGAGAACUUUUGAGGAGCGUCUCAAGAAAGCUCAAGAUGAAAAUAAGGUGCCUGAUAACGUGCGCAUUCCUGUGAGCUAUGUUCACAGCACUCCUAUCGGGAAAACACUUUGGAGUUUGUUGCCGACUGUAAUUCUUUUUGCUUUCAUCUUCUGGUCAACUUCAAAGAUUCUGAAGAGCGGACGUGGUCUGGGAGCAGGAAUGUUUGGGAAACAGAAGAAGUUCAAAAAAUUCAAUGCGGAGAAAAAUGUCAAAAUCAGCUUCAGUGAUGUCGCUGGUUGUGAUGAGGCAAAGGAAGAAAUUUUGGAAUUUGUCAACUUCUUAAAGGAUCCACAAAGAUAUGAAAGAUUGGGAGCUAAAAUACCACGUGGUGCCAUAUUAUGCGGACCACCAGGUACGGGUAAAACGUUAUUAGCACGUGCAACAGCAGGUGAAGCCAAGGUUCCGUUCUAUUCUGUUUCAGGAUCUGAAUUUGUCGAAAUGUUUGUCGGUGUUGGUGCUUCGAGAGUUCGUGAGUUAUUCACCACGGCAAGAGAGAAUGCUCCAUCUAUCGUUUUCGUUGAUGAAAUUGACGCUAUUGGUAAGUCCAGAUCUAAGGGUAAAGCAUCUGGUGGAAAUGAUGAGCGUGAAAACACCUUGAACCAAUUACUUGUUGAAAUGGAUGGAUUUUCAUCCAGUGAUUAUGUCGUGGUUCUUGCGGGAACUAAUAGAGUCGAUGUCCUAGAUCCAGCAUUGCUUAGACCAGGAAGAUUUGACAGAAAGGUUUAUCUUAGUAACCCAGAAUUGGAAGGAAGAAAGGCUAUUUUCGGCGUGCACAUGAAGAAAAUCAAGCUCUCUCCUGACUGUGAUCUAGAAGAUUUAAAGGGACGCUUGGCCACUCUUACUCCUGGAUUCUCCGGAGCCGAUAUUGCUAAUGUUUGCAAUGAGGCCGCUUUAGGUGCGGCAAGACAAAAUGAGGAUUGUGUUAAACUUCAUGACUUUGAGCAAGCCAUUGAACGUGUUAUAGCUGGAUUGGAGAAGAAGAGUAAAGUCUUGUCGCCUGAUGAAAAGAAGGUUGUCGCCUAUCAUGAGGCUGGACAUGCGAUUGUUGGUUGGUUCACAAAAUAUGCAGAUCCUCUUCUAAAGGUUUCUAUAGUUCCGAGAGGGCAGAGUGCUUUGGGUUAUGCUCAAUAUCUUCCUCCGGACAUUUAUCUUUAUUCAACAGAUAAAUUAAUGGAUCAAAUGACUAUGGCAUUGGGAGGAAGAGUUAGUGAGGAGCUUCAUUUUGAUUCCGUCACGUCAGGUGCUUCGAACGAUUUUGAGAAGGUGACUAAUAUUGCUCAAAGAAUGGUUAUGGCGUGUGGUCUUUCCCCUAAAGUUGGUCUUAUUUCUUACAACAUUGAUAGGGGUACAGAUAUGACAAAACCAUUUAGUGACAAAACCGCCGCUCUUAUUGAUUCUGAAGUCCAUCGUAUUGUUGAUGAGUGCUAUUCUAGAUGUAAGAAACUUUUAAGUGAGAAGUCUAAGGAAGUUGAGCUUGUUGCUCAGUAUUUAUUAAAAAAGGAAGUGAUUACGCGGGAAGAUAUGGUCAGAUUGUUAGGCAAAAGACCAUUUCCUGAUCAAAAUGAUGCAUUCGACAAAUAUAUUAAAAGUAAAGAGGAGAGAGAAUUGGAGAAAAAGGACGCUAAUGGGAAGGAUGGAAAAAAUUCGGAUUCUUCUCAACCCAAAGAUAAAGGUCAUACAGUGGAGAAGGGAAAAGAGGAAGAUGAUCAUAAAAAUGAUAGCAAUGAAGGUCCAAAAGAUGACUAA